UCACUCGUUUCCAGGAUCACAAUGACAAAGGCUUCAGAAGAUCAGAGGAACCAAGAGAAGAUUGCCGUACCGAAAAGUUAACCAUCACCAACGCCUCCGCAGUCUCUCUAUGUCUUUCAGUCUAUCUAGCCUUAACAGUGCAUCCCUCCUUCAUUCACUCACUCGUGCUCAUAGGCUUAAAUGUAGCUCGCAGAGAUCAACUGUCCAGCAGGCCUCCGCUUCAAAACAGAAAGUUCUCAGAUGCUAUGAGUGCCCUUUAACUUGAGGAAGCCGUUUGCAACACAACACAUGGCUGACCAUACAUCUCCUGAUCCAGAGUCGCUCUCCUUCGCUCCUAUGUUUCGACCUCAUGCUGAAGGUCAAAGGUCAAACCACAGCCUCUACCAACAAGGUUCAAUUUCUGGGCUCAGUCCAUUUGAGGUCCAGUGUGAAGAGCGCACUGGGAGCACUCUUAAUGGAGUAGAUCAAUCAGGGAGCGCUGCUUAUUGGGGGAAUACAUCACCAGUGCCCUCAAUGGUACUCAACAGGAACAAGGCACAAGCUGGAGUAUAUGAGCCCGACUGGAACUCUCACUGCCACCAACAGGAGGCUGCGGAGAGGUAUGAAACAACCGGGCAUCAACAGCAAAAGCUGGAUUCUUUCUCUGAGGCGUUUUGUAGUCGUAGCACUUCACGAAUGCUAAGCGGAGGAGAGCAGAUCGGCUUCAGCAAUACUACUCCUCCAUCGCAUGCGCUCUCCUUCCCUCUGGUUCUCAGUCCACCUCCGACACCCCUGCCUCCUUCAUCCUUCUCUCCUCCCAAACGACCUCAACACUUCUUGCCUGGUCAGAUCUUGAGCCAAUCACAAAUACAAACACAGGCAGAUGGAGCGCUGCAGUUCUUUCCUUCUCUACCUUCGCCCUCUACUGGCAGGUUUAAUCAACCCAUUUGGCUCCAGCUACAAGCUGAUGACAACGACGGCAUGGACUUAACGCAGCACCUUACACAAGAUCCAAACUCCUCUAUGGUUUACUCAGAGCCCGGAGGGCCUCAUCUGAAACAAGUAAACUCUGUGCAAAAAGACUGUUCAUUGCAAAUGUCCCUUAACCCUUCCCUGGCUCAACAUCAUCAACCUCAGUCCUGCUUGCAGCAACAGCUGAGUCACGAGCCUGGGACAUCCGAAGAUCACAUAUCAUGGCCUCAGAUGGGACAAUCAUCUCAUUCUUUUGGACCUUCUCUGCACCAGGCCAGUCUCCAAAUGCAGGUUUCAGUGCCAGGAGAUGGAUCACGGUUCGGCUGUGGACUGAACUUCAGUUCUGAGUCCACGGAAAAACCACUGGGUUGCUCCAGCACACAGAAUGUUCCCUGUUCUGUCUAUACUGGAGUGCCUUUCAGCAGUGUGAUCCAGCUGAGCAGGGAGCUCAUGAAGAACUGGGAAGAAACUAUAUCUCACUAUACGCCACCUCCAAUGCUGAACCCGACACGCAGUGGCACAGGGCUCUUCUGCAACCUGCUGUCUUCCUUGGCUGUGGAAAACAGAGCACUGUGGACAAACGAGAGCAAAGAUGAGGAUUCACAAAGGUGCAUAAAUAUUGGCCCAGAGUAUCAAGUGGAGAUACCAGAUCUAAUAACUGAAAGUGAACACGGCAUGCAUUCAGAGGAACUAGUCCGGGAGGAGUUAUUAUGGAAACCUUGGGUGGAGUUAGAGGAACAUGACAUCCUCUUACAGCAUGUGGAGAAUCUUCUUGACCUGAGUGCCUCCAGUGUUCUGCCAGGAGGUGGCGCCAACUUGGAGCUUGCUCUUCAUAGCCUUUCUUGCUGCCAAGGAGACAUACUCGCAGCGCUGGAGAUGCUGUUGUUUACAAACUCCCCUCCAUCAGAAAACUAUCACUAUUCUGGCAAGGAUAUCUGGACUCCAAAUGAACAGAAAAUGUUCCAUAAAGCAUUCGCAAUUUAUGGCAAAGACUUCUCCUUUAUACACAAAAUGGUAAGAACAAAGUCAGUAUCACAGUGUAUUGAAUUCUACUACAACUCCAAGAGACUUUCAGAGAAACAAAGGAAGCAGAGGGAGAGAGAAAAGGAAAGUUUGGAGGCAGAAAGACUUGCAGCUGUCAUCAGUCAGGUUGCUCCUGCCCCAAAGAUGAUUGUGAAUCAAGCCAAUCUUGACAGACUGAUUAAUACUGCACCACUUCCCACAAGCUUUCCCUGUAAACAGUGUGGAAAAAUGUUCUAUAAAAUCAAAAGUAGAAACGCUCACAUGAAGAUUCACCGGCAACAGCAAGAGGAUUGGAGAGAAAAGUUACAGAUAACCUCAAACCACCAUCAUGGUCUUAACCUGACUAGAGCACUGGCUCAUCCAAACCAACAAAUUUUAACACAGACCCACCAUCAAAAUCAUAUCCUAACCCAAAGUCUCAUUCAGAAUUUGGUCCAGUCACAAAAUCAGUUAGCUUUUCUACAAAGCACAAAGACUCCACAUGCAUGUCAAACCAGUAGCACCAAUUGCAUGACUCCCACCCAGAACCCUCAGAUCGUGUCCAAAGCAACUCCUUUACCACUCCACACUGGACAUCAGACAUGGAGCUCCCUGCAUGGUGUAGAAACUAGUGGCCUUUUCUAUAACAGAAGCUCUUUGGUAAAUGGACUUCACUUGGCCAUUCACGACAGUGUCGGUAAGCCAUGGACUGAUACUCAAUAACUGACUUUUGCUAAACUGACUUGUACAGUUUGAUUUAAAGCCUUAAUACAACUCAUUAAAAGAUCAGCUUUCAA